AUGUAUUUAGUGAAUUUAAAAUCAUUAAGACUUUUUAUUUAUUUGUCAGGCUUAAUAUCAGUAUUCCUUAUAAUUUAUUACAUAUAUGUGUCAAAUUAUAAUAAAAAUAUUGCUAAACAAAAUGAAAGGAAAAUUAAUUUCCUAAUGAUGCAACAGCACGGUAUGAGUAGUAAUUACUUGGAUGGCAAUGGUCUCAAUAAUAUGCAAAUGAAGAUGCAGCAGAAAGAAAUACUACAGACGAUAAAUCAAAUGUCAAUUAAUGGAGAAAUAAUUCCUGAGAAAUACGAUGAACGAGUCAUAAAAAAUCGCAUAAUCAGAGAGAAAGUGAAGCUUAUUUCUGAGAAUAUGAAUUUAAUAAAGAAGGAUGAUCCAAAUCGUGAUACAUUCAUGAUGAGUGAGGAUUUGUUGAUUUUCAAUAAGACUGUAUCGAAUGUUCAUAUAUUUUAUUAUCUACCCGUUAAAUGGUAUACAUCUGAAAAUCAAAGUGUCUUUCAACUUGACACUGUCUUCUAUCCAAGACGUGGACUGUACAAUUACUCAACAAUUGAGUAUGCAAAAGCGAUUUUAAAGGAACAUUUUCAGGAAAUUAGAAUGUGUGGAAUUGGUGUUAUAAUUAUCUGUUGGGAACCGAAUAAUGAGAAGCUUAAUGACUUACUUCCAAUAGUUUUUCAUCAUGUCACGAGCAUGAACAGGGAAAGUCCACAGAAUGAAUUAAAAAUUGCAAUACAAAUAGGAAAUUAUCAAGACAGAACUAUUGAAAGCAUUAGAAAUAAUAUUAAGUUUUUCGUUGACAAUUUUACAAGCAAUCCAAGCUUCUUUAGAGUUAAUUCCCUUAAACGUCACAAGACACUUCCAUUAUUCUACAUUAAAGAUGCUGAGCAGGUGAAGAAUUGGAGUAAAUUGUUGGCCAAAAAUGGAAUGAUAACGAUUAGGGACACGAAUUAUGAUUCAUUAAUUCUAGCACAUUUAGAAACUAAAGAAAGCAAAUCAAUCAUCAGAAAGUCAUGCUUUGAUGGAUUCUAUACAUCGAAUGCCUCAAAUGGAGCCAACUACUUCUCAACAUUCAAAAAUUGGGAGAAACUGAAAAAGUUUGCAGAAAUGUAUGAUCUCAUAUUCGUUCCAACAGUAAGUCCAGGAUUUCAUGAUGCAAGCACAAAAUACAAUCCUAUGAGGAGGUUUAGGGUUAAGGGACAAUAUUUUGAAAUUGGAUUCAAAACAGCUUUAAGGCAAAGCACAGAAUUUAUAUCAAUCGAAAGUUACAACAAUUUUGUUCAUGGCACGCAAAUUGAACCAGUCUUGCCAUUCUCACACAGCAAAUUUAAAGAUUAUGAGCAUUCACCGAUUAAGUAUUUAAAUCUUGCGCAAUAUUGGACGAAUCAGUUUUAUAAAAGUAAGCUUGAUAAUCAAAAGGCGAGCAAGGAUAAAAAAAUAUGUCAGCAUUUAUUGAAUAAUACGAUUUGUUAA